CGAAAAUUACUCGGGCACAUUGUUGCUGCAUAAAAACGCUGAAGUGAUGGCCAAACCGCUGUUAAAUAAAAAAACAACAACAACAAAAACAAAAAUAAUAAUAAAUAUACAUAUAUAAAAAAGCAGCGAGAACACAAAAUUAUGAAAAUCCUCUGGCGUAUACUCAUUCUCAUAUAAUUCAAUCUGCCGCUAUUUCCUUCGGAUUCGCACAUUUUGAACUUAAACUUGUUGCUGUUUGUUUCUGUUGUUUCGCACAUUUUUGUACAAAAAUUAUUAUAUACUUUUCUUUCUUUUUGCUCUCAUCUCAACGCAUUUGCAGGACUUCAGCAUUUCAUUAGCGCAACACAACCAAUAGCAACAACUAUAAGGACAACAACCAGAAUCACAAGCAGUGAAGAAGCAACAGCCAGAGCAUAGCAGCUUUGAAGAGUGUAAAUAAGGAACGAGGAAAGAGGAAAGAGAAGAAGGAAAAGUGCAAAAAUUCCACUUCAAAUCCCACAGCGGUUAGAGAGUUGGCCCGAGGCAUACCAGUGCUACAGUGUUACAGUUCUACGCAGAAUAGUAUUCGCAGUUCUUGUUUUCGUUUUGUUGUUGUAGUUGUUGUUGUAGUGGUAGUAGUAGCGCAGCACGUGCCCGGCGUCAUUCCGUGCUCAACACAGCGUGAAAUGUGCAAUUCUUGGCUCCUCAUAAUUGCGAUUACACUGGAAUGCUUAUGGAACUCACAGCUGUCCGAAUCAUCGAAAUCAUGCCCAGCCGAGUGCAUCUGCUUAUCACAGACACAAGUGCUGUGUAACACUGGCGGUCUGGCGCAGAUUCCAUUGCGGCAAUUACCCUCGACCGUGGAGAAUCUCGCAUUAACGAAAAACAAUUUCCCCGUCAUAAAACCGGACUCCUUCGCAGGACUGCGUGCGCUGAAGAAGCUCUCGUUGGACGGCAAUAAUAUAACGCGCAUCAAACAGUUCGCCUUUCGCGGUUUGCCGCGUCUCAAGGAGCUCUCCAUACAAUAUACACCGUUGCAGACAGUCGCACAGUUCGCCUUCGCUGGCCUGCAGAAUCUCUCGACCAUACUGCUGAGUCACAACCAAAUUGCAACCAUUGAGGGCAAUGCUUUCGCGGGCACUUCGAAUGUCAAAUUGAUUUUACUCUCGAACAAUCCUCUCAUACGCAUCGACAGCUCAGCCUUCUCAAGUCUCACCAAUGUGGGUCAUCUGAUUUUGCCAUCCGGCAUACGCACCAUCGAACCGGAUGCCUUCUUCGGCAUGGACACGGUGGGUUUGCUGAAGCUCGCGUAUAUGGAUUUGAAGGAACUGUCGCCGUACACCUUCCGCGGACUGACAAACGUGCUGCUGCUGACGCUGCAAGAGUCCGAUUUGGGUAUCAUAUGCGCGGACGCUUUCACGGGUCUAUCGCAGGUUGACAAACUGCAGAUAUUGAAUAAUAAAAUCGAUUUGAUUGAAGAGCUCAACUUCACCUACACAGCGGACAUAAAGUUAUUGAAGUUCCAUGGCAAUCAUGUGUUGGAGACGCCCGACCCCAACUCGAUUAUCAUCGAUGGCGUCUCACAGCUGGAACUGGUGAACAAUCACUUCCCCUGCGGCUGUCACAUACACACGCUGCUCGACGGCCCACUGGUCGAGGGCGCACACAAUCUCAGCGAAUUUCUACUGAAGAACUAUUGCAUUUCGCCGUUGGAUGUGAACGGUCGCGCCAUGGCGGAGCUGGAUAUCGAUUCGAUUGGUCGCUGUCAGGAUCAGCUGACGAAGGGCAAUCUCGGCUCGUCCGCCGCAUCAAUGGCGCUGAGUGUGAAUGUGACGCUGCUCAUAGCGGCGGCGACCAUUGAACUGCGCAUCUUACGCACCCUCUCGCAGCAGCUGUUGUUGUUGUGGCAGUAUCGUGCGCGUAGUUCGCGCGGUCGGCGACGCCGUUGGCAUCUCAUCGCCAGUUGAAUCUACAGCGGCUGUAGUGGGCGCGCGGUGGAGCGCUACACUUUUAGUGAUAUACAAAGUUACAGUUAAGUACGUGUAAUUAUCGCAGAUUUUAGUGCGCGUCAAUUUGCGGCGAAUUGAUGUGCAAUUAUUUAAGUAAGUAAGUACUGAGAUUUAUUGUUUAAGUAGCGGCGCGGCGGGCGUCUAGCAUGAAAUAACUAAUUAAUAAUUGCUAAGCUUAAGGGCGCAAUGCCACAACUAAUUAACAUAAAUUGCUCAUUUAGUUUUUAGGUAUUCAGUGUUAUUGAUAAAUAAAUAAUAUUUACUUAUAUAAUAUUAGCAGCGGAA